CAAAAGGCACUGUCUUUUACAAGAAGCAUAUUCAGAUAAGAGUCAACCAAUGUAUGAAUACACGGCAAUGAAAUCUUUACAAUAUAACGCAUUUAAUUUGGAAUUUAACAGAUAUAAGAUUAUGCUUGAAGUCAAAAAUGCUCAGAUUGGAGAAUCUUCAGAAAAUUUUGCAUAUUGCUACAUAGAAGUAGCAGAUUUGCCCUUAGUUGCUGUUAUAGAUGGAAGCAACAAAAGAAAGAUUUUCCGGCAACAUGGUUUAUAUUUGAGUGCAAGAAGGUCAUACGAUCCAAAUACGCCAGCCAAUAAGCAAUCACACUUAUUAGUUACGUGGACAUGUGUCAGUUCCAAUGACCCAGAAGGAGUGAGUGAAGUCUGUAAGCCCAAACAACUCACACCUUCAGCCAUAUAUUAUAUACCUCCUCACAUGUUGACGUAUGACACCAAGUACAAUUUCACUCUAAAGGUGUGGACAAAUCUUUAUGAUGAAUAUAAAUAUAGUUCUAUGACAGAACUAUCGAAAUUCACAAAUGUAGAGAUAGAAGUGUCUGGGGAAAAUGAAAUGGUGCCGUACGACAUUGACAUUAUAUGUGUUACAAACUGUGAUGUAAAGGUGUUACCAAAUACGAUACUAUUUUUGAAGGCGAAAGAAGAGAAUAAUUUAUACGAGGACUUGGAAUUCACGUGGACUUAUUCUAAGAACAAUGAUGAUGCUAUGUCACUUGAUCCCAUAAAAGAACACAAUUUACCUGAUUUUAUGUUAAUAAUCAAAGAAAAUAGUUUAGACGAAGAGGUUGUGUACAAUAUAUUGCUUGAAGUGAAGUUAAAAGGCCAAUUUGCUACAACCUACUACUAUAAAUUUGAAACAGAGUCAAUUGCAACAAACGUAACCUGUGGUAUAACCCCAAGUGAAGGCAUCAGAGGAGAAACGGAAUUUGAUAUUGUGUGCUCUUAUAACGCGGAUUCAAACUUCAUGUAUGAAUUUUAUGAUAAAAAUUCUGAAGAAGCUGAUCGAAAAACAAUUUUUAAUGGAAGAAUGUUGGGGACUACGUAUCAAGGAGAGUUACGUGAAGUCAAACUGACAAGAGAGAACGUCGUUGUGUAUGUAAUAAAUAUUCAGAAUGGACUCUCACUGAGUAAACGUUUUUCCGUAAAUCUAACUGAUUUCGAAAUGUCAGAUGCUGAUUUGGAAGAAAGAUAUGUCGCUAUAGAAGAAAAACUAAUCACGGGCAAUAAGUUAAAGGUUCUACAGUACAUAUCUUCCAUCGCAGACAUAAUACCUGACAAGCAUAAGAGUGUGGCUUUAAACAAACUACUUGAAUAUAUCAUUCAGGUUUCAGUUACGACACUUUCGGAUGUGAAGAUGUGCAUCUCAACAUUAUCAAAUGUAUUAGUAACUCUUAAUAGACCCACCCAGUUGGUAUUGAGCCCACGUAUGAUGAUGGACAUUCUGGAGGUGAUCAAGACACAAACAAACAUGUUUCAGCGAUUUGUAUUUGAUAGAGUUAAUUCAAAGUGGAUGCCUCCUCAAGAAAUUAGACGGUUGACUUCAGUUAUACUUACCUGUCUUCAUGCUGUAUUGAUGUGCAAGGAUCCAGCAACAGAGAAUGUGCCACCAGAUGACUUUCAACUGAAACUUCUAAACGAGUUGAGAAGAGUAUCAAAGUUUUCAGACCAAAUAAUAGAAUUCACCAAAAACGCAGUGACCUACGUACAAUUUCCAGGACAGCCACCCUCAAAAGUGGCAUCUAAAGGAGAUAAAAUGGUUAUGUGGGCAAUGAUGAGUGAUUCAUGUGAACAUAGCCUUUCACCUGAGUGUGUACCUAACUACUAUCUCUAA